AUGGCAACCGCGUCGGGCGCGUUCCAGGUUUACACGAAAGGUAGCGGCGACAUGGACGGUCGCACUUUCGUCAAAAUCCUGAAGGAUACGGCGAUCCUUGACGGGAAGACGUUGACAACCGUCGAUGCGGAUCUUAUCUUCACGAAGGUAAAGGCAAAAGGUGCCAAGAAAAUUGACUAUGCUCAGUUCGAGGAAGCACUGAAACUCGUGGGCGAGAAGAAGAAGGUCUCUACUGAGCAAAUUGUCAGCAAACUCGCGUCAGGUGAAACCGGGCCGAUUUUGACUGGCACGAAAGCUGACAAUGUCCGUUUCCACGACGACAAAAACACCUACACUGGAGUCCAUAAACAUGGCGGACCAACGCUGGUGGACGAAGGCCGCACACAGUUCAGUGAUUUGUCGAAUAUCUGCGAUAGGAGCGACUAUGAUGUUCGAGGCGUGAAGAAGGGAGUCGCGGAAUAG